AAAAAGAGUUAAAUACAUUCACGACAUUUACAGACAUUGAGAUAUACUCUAUAAAGAAAUUCCACCACACUUAACUGCAAGUUAAUUGACGAUUUCCAAAUCUAAAAAUUCGUAUUAUUUUGUUCAUAAAAAAGAAACAUCAGAGUAAUGGACGGUGAAAAAAAUGUCAAAGCUAUUGAUGGGAUAUACAAGAACAUCCUUGAAAAAUUCAACCCUGAAUCUAAAAAAAUGUUGAUUAAUGCUAAGGCAUAUUUGAAAGCUCUUCACAGCUCAUCACAAGCCUCAAAAAUAUUUGCUGAUUCCCUUUCAAAGAUCGCAAGAAAUGCCAGAGAGUCUACGCAAGGAACGUCAGAUAUUGGUUCAGCGCUAAUGGAAAUCAUAGAUAUUUUCAACUUUAUUGAGGAGCAGCAUAUGAGCAUUCUUAAGGCAUUUUAUGUCGAUUUUAUAUGCCCAUUGGAAACAAAUUUGGAUAAGGACAUUAAAGUAAUUCAAUUAGAACAGAAAAAAUUUGCCCAGCAAUUCAAAAUGAAAAUGGAAAGUUUUGAUAAAGCAACUGCUGCUGUAAAGAAAAACAGAAAGAAAAAGAAUAACGCUGAAAGGGAAUUGAAGUGUAUUCAAAUACUUGAAGAUGAGAAGAAGAGUUUGGAUAACUUUUGUGAUCAGAGUUAUAAAAAUGCGGUGCUACAAGAACGUCGAAGAUAUGGAUUCAUAUUGGAACGUUAUACAGAAAGUGUUGCAAAACAUUAUCUCCAUUUCUUCAACAAUAGCUUUGCAACUAUCGACAACAACAUACAACGGUGGAGCGAUAUUGCUUCAACUCGCGAAAUGUUUAUGCCUUCGCCCAUUAUUAGUAGCAAUAUUCUGCCAGAAAAGAACAAUGAUAAUCGCAUUUUUAAUGACAUGAACCAAAGAACAAGCAUGGAAAGAGAGAGCUUAAGCGUGAGUGAUGAAAGUGUAUCAAAUUUGUCAAUUGCUAAUAAAACAAAUGACAUUGAAACUGUCCGAUCACGUUUCUCAAUGGACUCGUUGGCAACAAGUCAAAAUAAUCGUAACAUAGUUUAUGCAUUGUAUGGACAUUCCGCUACUAGUGAAAAUCAACUAAAUUUCUCUGAAGGAGAUAAGUUAUGCUUAAUCGGAGAAAAUUUGAAUGGUUGGCAAUUUGGUGAAAAUCUUACAACAAAAUUAUUUGGAUGGUUCCCAUCUUCAUAUGUUGACAUGAAUUUACAAAGAAAUGGAAAAGAAAGUGAAACAGAUGGCGAAAUUAAUAAUAACAAUAAAUAUCAAUCGGUGAGCAAACAAAGAAAAUUCCAAAAUCCACCUAUGGCACGACCACCAUCACCACCAUUGCAGAAUGUUACAAUGGAUGUACAGAAAAGUAUGCGUGGAAUGUAUAGCAGUAAUGAUAGCGGUUUCUCAAAUGAAAUAGCACCAGUUGCACCAGAAGUUGAUUAUUCAGAUGAUGAAAUUCCGCAAAAAGUUCCAAUCAGAAAACCUGCCGAGAAACCAGUGCAAAAACAAACGAGUGUCGUGAAAAAUGAGAAUGUUAUGAAUAAAGGACAGUCAAAUAGUUAUGGUGACUUAACGAUAGAUAGAACAGUGGGUAGAAAUAAAGCAUUUUGGCGAUUUAGUAAAUCUGAAGAUGUUUUGGAAGGGAUGGGAUUAUGGAAACAUAGGGAUUUAUUACCAAUAGAUGGUGAUGAUCAUGAUAGAACUUUAAAGAAACAACCAGCAGAAUCAUCAAAAAAUAAGAAAAGACUCAGUGAAAAACCCUUGCCAAAAGAAAUGGAUAACAGUAACAAAAUUGUUAACACGAGAGAGAAGAUGCAAGAUGACCACGAAAUGAAUAUCACAGAAAGCUUGUACGAUGAAGCACCCAAAAGAAGAAAUCAUGCCGCUCCGACUCCAAUGAAUAUGCAUAAUGAAAAGCAUUACUAUAAAGAGAUUCAAGACACAAAUUUUUAUGAUGAUGACGAUGAAAUAUUAAUGAGAACAGUGAAACGAAAAGAAAUUUUGAAGCAAUAUCAUUCAAGCGAGACCGAUACUGAAGAAGUCUCUGUUAAUUCAGAUCCUUAUGAUUGCAUUUUUGUGAAUGAUCACUUAGUGCCUCGCUCAGAGAUUAACAUGAGUAAACAAAAUACUCUUCUUCCACGUACAAAACUUUCUAAAAGUAAACAUUCGCAUGAUAACGAUAACACGAUCAAAAGUUCGUCAAACUCUGCAGUGCGAAAGAAUAAAACUUUUGAACCAUGGCACAAUAUGUGGGAUGAUGAGCGAAAGGAAAUUGUCAAGUAGUUAAUUGAAUUUAUUUCUUGUUUGUUUCUUUGUUUUUAUACCACAUUAUUCAUUGAUUCAUUUACUUCUUUAUUGAACCUUAUUAGUACAUAAUGUAUUUCUAAUAAUGUGCCAAAUUAUCCUGUACAUGUAUGCAUGAAUAUAUAAAAAUCUGAAGUUUUAAUUAUAUUAUUUUAUAUAUACUCG